AGAAUGAGAGGUGCAUAUAAAAGUGAGAAACCAUCUGCACCAGAUCAGUUCUGGUCAAAGAUGGCCAAGCUCAUUUUGCUUACCGGUCUGGCCCUCCUGCUGAACGCCCAGAUAGGCUCUGCCUAUGUGCUGUCAUGCUAUUUCACCAACUGGGCUCAGUACAGGCCUGGUGUGGGAAUUUUCGUGCCUGAUAACAUUGACCCAUGCCUGUGCACUCACCUGCUAUAUGCGUUUGCUGGGAUGUCCAAUGAGAUCACAACCAUUGAAUGGAACGAUGUGACCCUCUACAAAUCCUUCAACGGACUGAAAAAUCAGUACGUAAUGAGAGCAUCAGGCAUCAUUUGA